AUAUUUCUCACUUUUUAGUGCAAAUUUGCGCGAAAUGUAAUGUAAUGUAAAAAGGAAUGGCGUUGUUUUCUUUGUAGUAAAAUCUUUUCCAAGACGAUAAAGAAAAAUUGAUUAAAUUAUGAAUUUUGUGCCUGGAAUGUCGAAUUAUGCUCGCAGAAUGGCUCGACUAAGUGCAAGGAUAUUUGGUGAAGUAGCUCGUCCUACGAAUUACAGAUCAAUGAAAGUUGUACGAGAUUUAUGUAAGAGGCCGAAGGAUCUAGAUUCUUAUUUAACAGAUCAUUACCCACCUCACAUUGAGUAUUCGAAUUUAAUAAAAAUUCUUAGAGAACACGGACUCUACAGGGAUGAACAUCUUGACUUUAAAGAAGAAAUGAUUAGGCUUAAGAUUCUCCGUGGAAAAGUAAAACCUAAGCGUGGAGAAGGAAAGCGAGCUAUGAUCAAGCAGCAAAACUUAUAGGUGGUGUUAGUGUUAGAAAUCUGAAAUGUAAUUUAAAGGCGGAUUUGAGUAUAAUACUUUGCAUAUAUUUAUGUGUUAUUAUUAAAGAACUUAAAGUAA